AUGUCUAACCACAGUGUCAACCUAUCUAAAGGCUCCGGAUGGGAGUACCAAAACCCAAUUAACUCUGUUGUCGGACUACUAGUCCAGGAAGGAUACGUUCGACACAGCCAUGUACAAGUAGUGCUGACUGAUGAACAGCUGUUGUGUUACGGUUUGAUGUGCCAGGCGCUGCACGUACUCCUGCAGUACUUGAUGGUGGCUAAUUACCUUUGGAUGUUCUGCGAAGGCCUCCACCUUCACCUCGCCCUCGUCGUGGUCUUCGUCAAGGACGACAACGCCAUGCGCUGGUUCUACUUCAUCGGCUGGUUCCUUCCCGCCAUCCUGGCAGGGAUAUACGCCCUAGUCAGGUCUUCUUAUCCGGAGGAGACCAGCCAAUGCUGGCUCAGCGAGAGCCACACACAGUGGAUCCUGACAGUUCCUGUUCUGCUGUCGAUGCUGGCCAGCCUGGGCUUCCUCAUCAACGUGGUGCGGGUCCUCCUCACCAAACUCCACUGCAACUCGGCUAACCCCGCACCGAUCGGUCUCCGGAAAGCUGUCCGGGCGGCCCUUAUACUGGUUCCGCUCUUCGGCAUCCAUCACAUUCUCAUUCCCUUCCGACCGGAACCCAACGGUCCUGGCGAGAGGGUCUACCAAGUUUUCUCAGCGCUCCUCGUUUCAUUACAGCAUGCUCCUCUUAUCCUCACUGACAUUUCUCACGUUGACUACGGCAUUAUGGUAUAA